GUCUGCCAGUGGCCACUCUCGGCGGUUUGGUCUCUCUCCAGAUCUGCACCUUGAUUUGUGAACCUCGGUAGGAAAUAUUUGGCUGGGCUGACUUAGAAACUCUGACGUUUGAGAGAAAACAAGCACUAUCUUGUUUGUCACGGGCCAAGUGAGUCAGCCCGAAUACUGCACAGAAAGCCCGACCGAAGAAAGGCCAUUUAGGCAGCUGUUUCCUUAGGUUGACAAAUGCGGUUAUUCCCCCUUAGUCAGUUUCUUGGUUUUGAAGUAGUAAAUAAACGGUAAAUCCAGGCGCACCUUCCUCCCUCAAACUAAUACUCGCGUACACUGCGUACUGUCAAAGCGGUUAUGAAUUCUCAUGAUCUGUCUGGGCUUUAACGUUUAAGCUUUUUCCUGUAGUGGCCAACUAUUACGUUUAUUUCACGUUUGAUUUCUGGUUUUCAGACUGCUCCUCUGCAUGAUAGUUUCAUCAGAAGGAGGAAAAGACUCUUCUGCCGCUUUGUUGAGGAUUUGCUUGAAAGCAAGAGUGCUUCAGUUGGGAUGUUGUGUUCCUCAAAUUAAGUGUCCAUGGGCUACCCCUCAAAACACAAUAUCUUGUUCCUUGGCUGAUGUAAUGAGUGAACAGCUGGCUAAAGAAUUGCAGUUAGAAGAAGAAGCUGCCGCUUUUCCUGAAGUUGCUGUUGCUGAAGGACCAUUUAUUACUGGAGAAAACACUGACACUUCCAGCGACCUAAUGCUGGCCCAGAUGCUACAGAUGGAAUUUGACAGAGAAUAUGAUGCACAGCUUAGGCGUGAAGAAAAAAAAUUCAAUGGAGAUAGCAAAGUUUCCAUUUCCUUUGAAAAUUAUCGAAAAGUGCAUCCUUAUGAAGACAGUGAUAGCUCUGAGGAUGAGGUUGACUGGCAAGACACUCGUGAUGAUCCCUACAUACCAGCAAAACCAGUUCCUACUCCCAAAAAGGGUUUUAUUGGAAAAGGAAAAGACAUCACCACCAAACAUGAUGAAGUGGUAUGUGGGAGAAAGAAUACAGCCAGAAUGGAAAAUUUUGCACCUGGGUUUCAGGUAGGAGAUGGAAUUGGAAUGGAUUUAAAACUAUCGAACCAUGUUUUCAAUGCUUUAAAACAACAUGCCUACUCAGAAGAACGUCGGAGUGCCCGCCUGCAUGAGAAAAAGGAGCAUUCUACUGCGGAAAAAGCAGUUGAUCCUAAGACACGUUUACUUAUGUAUAAAAUGGUCAACUCUGGAAUGUUGGAGACAAUCACUGGCUGUAUUAGUACAGGAAAGGAAUCUGUUGUCUUUCAUGCAUAUGGCGGGAGCAUGGAAGAUGAAAAGGAAGAUAGUAAAGUUAUACCUACAGAAUGUGCCAUCAAGGUAUUUAAAACAACCCUUAAUGAGUUUAAGAAUCGUGACAAAUAUAUUAAAGAUGAUUUCAGGUUUAAAGAUCGCUUCAGUAAACUAAAUCCACGUAAGAUCAUCCGCAUGUGGGCAGAAAAAGAAAUGCACAAUCUCGCAAGAAUGCAGAGAGCUGGAAUUCCCUGCCCAACAGUUGUACUACUCAAGAAACACAUUUUAGUUAUGUCUUUUAUUGGCCAUGAUCAAGUUCCAGCCCCUAAAUUAAAAGAAGUAAAGCUCAGUAGUGAAGAAAUGAAAGAAGCCUACUACCAAACUCUUCAUUUGAUGCAGCAGUUAUAUAAUGAAUGUACCCUUGUACAUGCCGACCUCAGUGAGUAUAACAUGCUGUGGCAUGCUGGGAAGGUCUGGUUGAUUGACGUCAGUCAGUCGGUGGAACCAACUCAUCCUCAUGGCCUGGAGUUCUUGUUCCGUGACUGUAGGAAUGUCUCACAGUUUUUCCAGAAAGGAGGCGUAAAAGAAGCCCUUGGUGAACGAGAACUCUUUAAUGCUGUUUCAGGCUUAAACAUCUCAGCAGAUAAUGAAGCUGAUUUCUUAGCUGAGAUAGAAGCUUUGGAGAAAAUGAAUGAAGAUCAUGUUCAGAAGAAUGGAAGGAAAGCUGCUUCAUUUUUGAAAGAUGAUGGAGGUCCACCAGUCCUGUAUGAUGAAUAGCACCAACACCCACUGCUUUCCAUUGUUUACACAGUGGUGACUGUCAGCUGCCAAUGGCAAAUGAAGUUAUGGGUGACUUGAAAUACCAAAACAUGAGGAGUGUACAAUGGUGCUUCUGUGCUUUCUUCCCCCCUUGUAACCCAUAUGCCAGAUGUGUGGAAUUUGUAGCUCAGCAUUGGGAGAAUAAAAUGUCACUACCUCUCGUCUUAUGAACAGGAUAAUAUAAUUCUUUAACAGCUACAGCUUAUCUAGCUGAAACCAACCUGAUUUUAUAGGAAUCGUGGCAUAAAAUGUUUUGAUGAGAAUUUUUAAAACUUAGGUAACAUUUCCAAACAUGGAAGGAAAGGACAGGUGUGUUUACAAGGGAGACUUUUAUUACAACGUACUUGCUUUUUUCACCUCCCCAUUUUGUGUUCUAUCUUCCCUCAAAUAUUUUAUUGGCCUAAAACUAGCCCUUUUCAAUUCUUUUUCCAGCUUGUGACCAUGAUUCUAAAGGAAAAUUUCUUCUCUUUAGUAGGUGAUAGAAAUGGAAAUUUGGUUGUAAAAUGACUGACAGAAAUAGAAGUUUAUUGUUACAUCAGGAAUAUGAACUGAAUUUUUCUUUUCCAUAUUCCUAUCCAAGACAAGGCAUCACAGGUCUCUGAAAGAGAAAUAUGUAAGAACUUCUUAACUAUUCGGAGUUUUUAAGUUUAACUUUAAAUUUUUCUACAUUUAGGUGAAGUGGUUAGGGUAGAAUUCAUGGUGCAGCUGCUCUGUGUUUAUAAUGAAAAUGUUAAUUAUCCAGAACGAUGGAAUAUAAUAAUUAACCAUGUUUUAUAUAUUUUAAUGAAAUCAGUGAAACAAAGUUCAAUUUACAUUUCAUUCAGACUGUCUACUGACUGAUUUUGAAAUAGAGCAAACUAAUUAGAAAUAUUAAAUAGUCACAUGUUGAAGAGUAUAUAUAAAAUAAUGUGUGCACCAAAUUAACCAAGCAAUUUGAACUGGCCUCACUCAAUAAUUUUUAGUACUGGCUGGACGUCACUUCUUAUAUAAAUCAAACACUAUAGUUGAGAAGUACAUUGGUUUUGUUAGGAUUGAAGUUCAUUAACUACAGUGUAAUCAUUCCUCCUGUUACUGAAGUCAAGUUAGUUGACUUCAAAGACCCAAACUUUUUGCUACUGAAAACCCAAACUUUCUGUCUGGUACUGGAAAGUAAAAAUCUAAACAUCAUUCACACUUGAAAGCUUCUUUAACGUUAUUUUAAGAUGCCAAAUAUGUUCUUUCUAGAAAAAUAUUUAUUUUUGUUUCUGUUACAUAGCUUUUAACUGCAUUUCAGAGAAGUGUGAUUUUGGAUAGACUCAUUACAUUUCUGAAAUGUUUACUACUCUGAAACAAAGAUUUAGAUGAGUGGUGAUUAUUGGCUUUACAGAAAUUUCAGAGAACUAAUUUUAAAAACCAUGAACCAUUUAAAGAAUUUUUUGUUUUGUUUUCUGACAUACUCUGUUUGACAAAGAGCAGCAAACCAUUGCUGUGUGGCAUUCUUGGAGUGUGCUGUGAACAUGCUUUUUAAGAUAUUAAAUAUGAAGAGAGCAUUUUA